CAAGCAACUCCUCAGCAGUUACAGCAGCCUUGUACGGACCUCUACUGUGCUUCUGAGGGACUUAUACAAAAACUGAAGGUUUGUGGCCACUGGUUCACCUGAAUUCCAGGGGCCAUGAAGGACAUUGGCUGUUGGAUACUUUGGCUUUGGAUGGCUCUCUUGCUACUUCCUGCCUCCACUCCCAUGACAGUCACAGCCAAGUCAGAAAAUUUGUGUCCUGAACUGACAGCAGAUGGACAACAAUUUAUACAAAUCAGUAGAGAGAACUUCUCUAUUUCAGGUUUUGAUUUGGGACAUAGCUUUUCUCUGAGGAAAGUGUCCUGUGGAGAUGAAAAAACUUGUUUUAAACUGGGAAAUGCACUUCUUAUUAGAGAUACUCAGAAGAUAUUUCCCAAAGGACUUCCAGGAGAAUAUUCUGUAGCAGCCAUAUUCCGUGUAAGACGAAGCACCAAAAAGGAACGAUGGUUUCUGUGGCAAUUGUUAGAUCAUCGUAAUGUACCACAGGUAUCUAUAAUAAUUGAUGGUACAAAAAAGGUGGUGGAACUGAUGGCCUUUCAUCAGGGAGAAAUGCUACACUACAUUUUUAGAAGUCGAGAAAUUUACUCUCUAUUUGACCGGCAAUGGCAUAAGCUUGGCCUCAGCAUGCAGUCCAGGAUCCUUUCCCUCUAUGUGGACUGUAAUUUAGUUGAGAGAAGACAGACAGAUGAAAAGGACUCCAUUGACUUCCAUGGCCGAACUGUCAUUGCUGCCCGGGCUUCAGACGGCAAACCUGUAGAUAUUGAACUUCAUCGCCUUCAAGUUUACUGUAACCCAAACUUUGUAGCCCAAGAGAUGUGCUGUGAAAUAUCAGAUGCUAAGUGCCCACAGCAGGACAGCUUUGGAACUACGGCUUCACUGAUGGCAACUGCUCAUGCCAGUAAAAUUUCUGCACAUCUGCUGGCAAAGCCGGAACUUGCUGAACGAUGCCAGUGCAUUCCUAACAAGGGAGAAGCAGGAUUGCCUGGAGCUGCUGGCUUACCUGGUCCUAAGGGUGACAAAGGGGAGCAGACCUUCUGUCCUGACAAUCCUUGUGGUACAGUUGGUAUCAAAGGAGAAUAUGGGGUCCCUGGAAUUCCUGGGGUAAAGGGUGAAGAUGGUUUACUUGGUGCCCCCGGACCACCUGGUCAAAAGGGAGAGCACGGUUUUGAAGGAAGAAAAGGAGAAGUUGGUGAGAAGGGUGAAGAGGGACAAAAGGGAGAUCCAGGACUGGAUGGCAUUCAUGGAAAAGAUGGUUUGAAAGGUGACUUGGGUCCUCCAGGUCCACGUGGCCAGAAAGGAGAAAAGGGAGAAAUGGGACCUCCAGGACCACCAACCUUAAUCGGUUCCUUAGGACUAGAAGGUCCCCAAGGUCCACCUGGGAAAGAAGGUCAAAGGGGAAGGCGAGGCAAAACAGGACCCCCUGGAAAACCAGGACCACCGGGACCUCCUGGUCCUCCUGGAAAACAAGGAAGACAAUAUACUCUUGGAGGAUAUUAUAACAAGGGAAACCUCAGUGAGAAUGGAGCAAGUGUCCCUAGAGGAGAAAAGGGUGAAACUGGACAGCCUGGAUUUCCAGGACCAGUUGGUCCUAAAGGACAAAAGGGAGAAAUGGGCGAGCAAGGAAAAGUUGGCUUACAAGGAAUAAAAGGUGACAAGGGAGCAACUGGGAUAAAAGGAUCACCAGGAGUGAAGGGUGAACCUGGAGAUUCUGGUCCCCCUGGACUUGUGGGAAAUCCAGGAAUUAAGGGUCAGCAAGGACCAGCAGGCUCCAUAGGACCCAGAGGACCUCCAGGAAAUAUUGGAUUACCAGGAGAACAUGGUAUUCCAGGAAAACAAGGCAUUAAAGGAGAAAAGGGAGAUCCUGGUGGAAUUAUAGGACCUCCUGGAUAUCCAGGUCCAAAAGGUGAAGCAGGUCCCCCAGGUAUAAGCCUGCCUGGUGAACCAGGCUUUGAUGGAAUUCCAGGGACACCUGGUCCACGAGGGCCAAAGGGUGAAAGAGGACUGCCAGGUGUUCAUGGACUCCCUGGUGACAUCGGACCUCCAGGAAUGGGAAUUCCUGGCCAACCAGGAUCCAGAGGACCCUCUGGAGAGCCAGGUAUUCAGGGUCCUAGAGGCCUCCCUGGGUUACCAGGAACUCCAGGGACCGAUGGAGCUCCAGGGAGAGAUGGGAAGCCAGGGAUGCCAGGUCCCCCAGGUGACCCUAUUGCACUUCCUCUUUUGGGAGAUAUUGGUGCUAUGUUGAAGAAUGUUUGUGGCAGCUGUCAUCCUAGUAUCCCGGGGUUAAAAAUUGCCAAAGGAGAAGAAGGAGGAGCUGGGGAACCUGGAAGAAAUUAUUAUGCAGCAGGGAAGGGUGAUACUGGGCCAAGAGGCCCUCCAGGAAUCCCUGGCAGAGAAGGACCAAAGGGAAGCAAAGGUGAGCGUGGAUAUUCUGGAUUACCUGGUGAGAAGGGUGACGAGGGUCUUCAAGGAAGUCCAGGAACUCCAGGAGCCCCAGGACCUAUUGGACCUGCUGGCUCAUCAGGAAGAACUGGACAUCCUGGUCCUCCUGGAGCAAAAGGUGAAAAGGGCAAUGAAGGAUCACCUGGAAAACCUGGACCACCUGGACCUCCUAGUAUGCCACUCAGCGAAGGGAAUGGAAUGAGCAGUUUAUAUAAACUCCAGGGAGGUGGAAGUGUUGCUACUUAUCCUGGACCCCCUGGUCCUUCAGGUCCAAAAGGAGAUCCUGGUGCAAUGGGAGAACCUGGACCCAUGGGGCUCCCAGGACUAGAAGGAUUUCCAGGUGUAAAGGGAGAUCGAGGCCCAGCUGGUUCACCAGGAAUAGCAGGAAUACCGGGAAAGUCAGGAGCCCCAGGGCCUCCAGGAAUGCCAGGAGAACCAGGUGAAAGAGGGCCUGUUGGAGAUGUUGGCUUCCCUGGGCCUGAAGGACCUGCAGGAAAACCAGGAAUAAAUGGAAAAGAUGGAUCACCAGGCCCUCAGGGCCCAAUGGGCAAACCUGGAGACAGAGGACCCAAAGGAGAACGUGGUGAUCAAGGAAUACCAGGAGACAGAGGUCCACAGGGUGAAAGAGGAAAACCGGGCCUUCCAGGAGUGAAGGGAAUCAUAGGCCCCAUGGGACCCCCAGGAAAUAAAGGCUCUCCAGGAACUCCUGGCUACCAAGGGCCUCCAGGUUCUCCAGGGACCCCCGGAAUUCCGGCUGAUGCAGUUUCAUUUGAAGAAAUAAAAAAAUACAUAAAUCAAGAGGUCCUGAGGAUUUUUGAAGAGAGGAUGGCUGUAUUCCUGUCCCAGAUGAAGCUACCUGCUGCAAUGCUCUCUGCCCAAGGUCAUGGAAAACCAGGGCCGCCAGGCAAAGAUGGAUUACCAGGCCUACCAGGAGAUCCUGGUCCCCGAGGUUACAGAGGACAGAAGGGAGAAAGAGGUGAACCUGGAAUUGGGCUCCCAGGGAAUCCUGGUCUUCCUGGGCCUUCAGCCACUUGUAUGCCAGGCACACCCGGUGCUCCAGGGCCUCAGGGUCCCCCUGGACCUAGUGGAAGGUGUAACCCAGAUGAUUGCUCCCAUCCUGUGCCUCAUGCCCAGCCACCAGGACGUGAAAAUGGAAAGUGAGCAGCUUCCUGAGAAUGACCUGACGCCUAGUGAUGGCCUCUACCAAUUGACAAAUCUGUGGAACUUGGUUUGUUUUAAUCAAAUAUACACUGUCCUGGAGCAGCACUUUUAGAGCAUUUAAGCCAAAUCCUUUGACUCUAGCUUCUGAUGUAGACACUUCUAUACUUUUCCCAAGUCCAUUCCCAAUGAUUUAUUUUAAUUUUACUGUGGUUCUAAUUGAGAUUUUUCAAUGAGAUAAAUAGGCCCAAACAUUAUCACAAGCAUCUCUUCUUCAAAAAGAAGCUAUUGUCUUAACAAUUCAGUUAGACUGAAGGUUGUACAUACUUUUAUUAUCUCAUCAAUAUGAAUUUCAUUUAGCCUCUCGCUCUAAGGCAUAGAAGAGACAGAAAUACAAGUUGUCUUAAAGUUUAAAUUGAAUGUUCUCGCUGAAGUUUUCUAUCAACUUUUACUCCAAUUCACUUCAUAUUGAAUGUUUCCAUCUACUUUUGAUGGCCUAAGGGUGAUGCUACCGCCUUCCAAUUUAUGCAGACAAAUCUUUUGAUAAUUUUCUAUGUGACAGUGAGAGAAAUUGUGUUGCUCUCCUGCUUCUCAUGAGACUCUGAAGAUUAUGAGGAAUUCAAAAACUGACCUUUACAACUAAAGCAGUCUUUUGUUUUUGUUUUUUAUCCUGAUGAUUAGCUCAGUUCAAAGCUGAGCAGCAUUAACUCCUGUGAUAUAGGGAAAGAAAAAAGUCAACACAAAUAGCCAUAUAUUUCAUCAAAAUAUGUGUACUUCUUCAGUUGCCUAUACUAUGACCAACCUGCUAAAUAAUGUCUUAAAUGGUGAAACAGAAAAUGGAUUCCGUUAAAAACAACGGAGUGAACUAAAGAUUCUUUAUCACAUCCAAAGCUGCAAAAGACUCACAAGCUUUUGGUACCUGGUACCACUUGUUUCCAUGGCUUAAUGACCUAUAGAGGACAUGUCAAGAAAAAGCCAUCUAAGCAAAGAGCAGUUGGGUCCAUUGCUGCCAAAAAGAACCCAUGCAUCACAAAACUGGCUGGUUUUUUAGGGACAUCCUGAAAGAUGAAUGGGAAAUGGUAGCAGGUAUGCAACAUCAGAGUGAUAGUCUAUAUAUCCUGAAUGCCUUCCCCAAAAUAAAGCAAAAGACGUAGAUCAGAUGAGAGAAGGCACUCACACAUCUCUGUUCCAGCAACCUAUAUUUAGAGUGUGAAAGAUGGGAGUCCUUUAAAACAUUU